CUCCGGAUCCCGCACUACUUGCCCAGACGGCAUUCGCUCGAUUCAAACACUGAGUGCGUCUCUGCUGCGGUGCGUUGCGCGCAGGCUGGAGAGAGAUGACAAGAGCCCCGCGGAACUGGCCAGAGAAACAUGGAUCUCCGUAAAACGCUGAUUUCGGUGCUUUGGAUAUUAUUGCUGAACGAAGUGAAAGACUACAAUGCAGAAGAAGUGGUGCUGCUGAAUUCUAAAGAGACUCAAGCAGAGCUCGGCUGGACGUCCUAUCCCCCUAAUGGAUGGGAGGAAAUAAGCGGCGUAGAUGAGAAGUAUAAGCCCAUUCGGACAUACCAGGUGUGCAAUGUGAUGGAGCCCACGCAGCAGAACAACUGGCUGCAGACGGGCUGGGUGGCACGUCGAGGUGGACAGCGCAUUUUUGUGGAGCUCCAGUUCACGCUGCGUGACUGCAACAGCAUCCCUGGUGUAGCAGGCACCUGCAAGGAGACCUUCAACCUCCUGUAUGUCGAGUCAGACAGGGACCUUGGGGGUGUGACACGAGAGGACCGCUAUACCAAGAUAGAUACCAUUGCUGCUGAUGAGAGCUUCACGCAGGGUGAUCUUGGUGAGAGGAAGAUGAAGCUGAACACCGAGGUGCGCGAGAUCGGCCACCUCAAUCGUAAAGGCUUCCACCUGGCAUUCCAGGAUGUCGGUGCCUGCGUGGCACUGGUGGCUGUGCGGGUUUACUACAAACGCUGUCUCGCAACCGUCCAGAACCUGGCAGUGUUCCCCGAUACAGUGGCCGAGGCAGCGUUUGCCACGCUUGUAGAGGUGCGCGGCACCUGUGUUAACAACUCUGAAGUUGACACAGACAGCCCUCCCAGGAUGCAUUGUAGUGCCGAAGGUGAAUGGCUGGUGCCUAUUGGGAAGUGCAGCUGCAGCGCCGGCUAUGAGGAGGGACACAGCAGCUGUGAAGCGUGUCCACCAGGCUCUUACAAGAUGUCGUCCAGGCAGCAGGAGUGUUUCCCCUGCCCAGCCAACAGUGUCGCAGAAGAGGAAGGAUCCAUGGUGUGCUUGUGUGAGGAGGAUCACUUCAGGACUCCUUUGGACAAUCCCUCAGCGCCAUGCACACGUCCUCCAUCCCCUCCCAGAGACUUGACCUAUACUCUGAAGCAGUCCACGCUGAUCUUGGACUGGGCUGCUCCGUCCGACACAGGGGGCAGGGUGGAUCUGACCUACAGUGUGGGAUGCCGGAAGUGCAUCGGGAGGCAGUGUGAGCCAUGUGGGGCUAGCGUUGGAUUUGUGCCUCAGCAGGUUGGCCUGACAGAAAGAACUGUGACUGUGGUCAAUCUUCUUCCCAACACCAAUUACACAUUUACUGUAGAAGCCUUGAAUGGAGUGUCAGAGCUGCUGCCCAACAAGAGGUUCUACACACAAGUCAACGUGUCAACAAGCCUGCCUGCACCAUCUCUUAUCAGCGAGCUGCGAGCAGAGAAGAUCGAACAGAAGAGCAUAACCUUGGUGUGGAGAGAGCCCUCUUAUCCCAACAGCAGCCGGACUGGAUAUGAAGUCAAAUACUAUGAAAAGGAACAAAAGGAUCAGAGUUAUUCUACUGUGAAGACUGCCGCCACACGGAUCAGUGUCAACAACCUUAAGCCUGGCACCACAUAUGUCUUCCUCAUCCGCCCCUUCUCAACACCAGCUCCUUCCUCAGCCUUGUCUUCUUCCCCGCUCUCAUCUUCCUCUUCCUCCUCUACGUCCUCUUCCUCUUCUACAUCAUCCUCCUCUUCAUCCUCAUCCUCGUCAUCCUCCUCCCCGCCGCCCAUUGAUUACGGGGCGUACAGCACUCCCCUGGAGCUGCAGACACUUGGCGAGUUGGCGCUGGCGUCCAGUGAACAGAAUCCAGUGGUGAUCAUUGUUGUCGUGUCUGUGGCUGCCCUCAUUAUGCUGCUCUCCAUGGGAGUUGGACUGCUCAUCUGGAGGAGGCAAUGUGGCUACAGUAAGGCUUCUCAAGAGGGAGAUGAGGAACUUUACUUCCAAUUUAAGAUCCCAACACGGAGGACUUACAUUGACCCCGAGACUUGCGAAGACCUACUUCAGGCUGUCCACGCCUUUGCCAAAGAGCUGGACAACUCAAGCAUCAAGAUCGAGAGAAUUGUGCACACAGGUGACUUUGGGGAGGUGUGCCGUGGCUGCCUGAAGCUGCCCAGUAAGAGGGAGCUGCCUGUGGCCAUAAAGACGUUAAGGGCUGGUUGUUCUGACAAGCAGCGCCGUUCCUUUCUUAGCGAAGCUGGCAUUCUCGGGCAAUUUGACCACUCUAACAUAAUCCGGCUGGAGGGCGUUAUCACCACUGGAAACACUAUGAUGAUCAUAGUGGAGUGCAUGUCUAACGGAGCCUUAGAUUCAUUCCUUAGGAAACAUGAAGGCCAGUUGAGUAUAAUGCAGUUGAUGGAUAUGCUGACCGGAGUGGCGUCGGGGAUGAAGUACCUCACCGAAAUGGGCUUUGUCCACAAACGGCUCGCCGCGCACAAGGUGCUGGUUAACUCCAACCUUGGCUGCAAGGUUUCUGGCUUCAGACCUCUUCAGGAGGACAAAAUAGAGGCCAUCUACACCACGCUGCAUGGAGGGAAAAGUGUGGUGCUGUGGACCGCUCCAGAAGCCAUCCAGUACCAUCGUUUCUCCUCUGCCUCAGAUGUCUGGAGCUUUGGCAUUGUCAUGUGGGAGGUCAUGUCCUAUGGCGAGAGACCCUACUGGGAUAUGGGCAACCAGGAUGUGAUAAAGGCCAUCGAGGACGGUUUCAGGCUGCCAGCUCCAGUUAACUGCCCUCCACAUCUCCAUCAGCUGAUGCUGGACUGUUGGCAGAAGGAGAGGACGGAGAGGCCCAGCUUCAGUCAGAUCCACUCGGCCCUCAGCAAGAGCAUUCGCUCGCCUGAUGGUAUCGGUUCCUCCACACUGGCACGAAGAACCCUGAGUUCAUCCAUUACACUAGCUGACAGGCCUCUCCCCACCUUCCCAUCUUUUAACUCUGUUGGAGAGUGGCUGGAUGCAGUAGACAUGGGCCGAUACAAGGACAACUUCACUGCUGCGGGCUACUGCUACUUGGAGUCUGUGGCACGAAUGACUGUACAAGAUGUAUUGAGCCUUGGCAUCACUUCCCUGGAGCACCAGAAGCUGAUACUGGCUGCCAUCCAGACUCUGAGAGCCCAGGUCAUCCAAAUGCACGGGCGUGGUGUGCAGGUCUAAACGGUCAACUCACCUAGUCUCGUGCUGCUGCAGAUCCUAACAUGUGUGCAGAUGGAUGAUGGGGUGGAGAAGAGGAGAGAGAGAGAGAGAGCUCUUCCAUACAUAAAGAUAGAUGAGCUGAUCUUUCGGCUAACUGCACUCAUCUAUUUACUCCUCCUUCCCACACUUCCUCAUGCCUUCCUUUAUUCCUUCCUUUCUCUUUUCAACAAGUCCCCCUUGAAGACGGCGGUCAGUUGUGACAGUGUUCAUGUCAUAACCGGGGGGGGGAUAGCAGAGGAGUGAUGUCAUGUGACUUUUUGUGACCUCUAUCUGCACUUUGACCUUCAACACCUGCGUUGGCUCCAUCUUACUGGUUCUAGAUCAGCGCAUAAAGACAAAUUAAAAAUGUCUCUGUCUGAAGCCGAACUCUGAUCUGUGGGAGAGGCGCGCACAGCAAUUUUGAACUAGAGCUCGAAGACACGUGAACAUUUGGGGUGAAAUAUCCCUUUACAACAUAAAUUCACUAAAAACAAGAUAUUCUCGAUGAAGGGAACUAUUUUAUUGGCCUUGGGUCAAACAAUGCCUCAGAACUAGCACAGCUGAUUUCACAUCAACAGGAACUGAUUUACUACGAAGAUACAGAAUCACAUCACGAACGGUCAAAGCUGAUCUCAUAUCAGAUGGUAAAGAAAUACUCUAAAGAAUAAACAUGGCUGGAAUGUAACUUGCGUUUUCAAAGCGGCAGGUUGGGAAGACCGUGCUAUUCAGGUUAGUGAAGCCGGAGGUUGGAUGAAGCCGCAAAGUGGCAGAAUGAGAGGGGCGAGGAUUCAUUGUAGUGCUAUAUACGUUAUCUAAAGUUUGCUCAUGGCAUGAACGGAGCUAAAGUAAAAUAUUUGUGUUGAUAUUAUGCUGUUUUCUCAGCAGGGAUAUCAGCAUUCAUUUAUCUUGUUUGGUACUACUGAUGGUGAAACAAUCGCUGCAGGAUGAAAUUGUAAAGCAAAGGGUUGAAAAUGUGUUUUUGAUUGUUCAUGAAUUUGUUGUACGUCGCUGUCUGUUUCGCUGCUCCUAACUACGUUUGCUUUAUUCCCUAUAUCUUUCUCUUCUUCUCCAUGCUUUCUGUGUGCAUUUAAAGCUUAAAUCGUUCCCUUUAGUUUGCUGGAUUUCAUCUGGAUAACACAAUCCUCCUCUCCAAAGGCUCUCACUACAAUGUUUAUUACUCUGUAUAGGACUCGGGCUAUCUCUGGUAGGUGGUCUGAUUUUAGAUAUUUAUCCAUAUUUAUUUAUGUUUACAGACUGCAACACGGACCUCUUCAGAGAGGACGUUAGGAUGGUUUAUUUAAACUUAAGUAUUUAAAAAAAUCGUUUGAGCAAAGCAGUUGUCUUGUUUCGUUUUUGUUCCGUUGACUUAUUUCGACUGUGAGUUUGUACCUGAACAAAUUAUUUUGUACAGAGGAAGUGAGAGGAACGCUGGAGGAUUUUUACUGUCAGCACACAGUAUCUGUGUAUUUCUAUACGCUGGAUUUGCAACAGUUAAUUUUAGGUUCAUUACCGUUUAGAUUUGCUGUAUACACAUUACAGUGUGUGUGUGUGUGUGUGUGUGUGUGUGUUGCAGUACGGAUACAGUAUUACAGAACAUCAAUGAUAUUUUUUUCCUUUUGUUUGCUAUUGGAUUGUCAGGUUUAAAUUUAUGUUGCUGUUAAUAUCAUGCUCCAUCAGACUAUAUGGUUGCACUUUUUCCAGUUAACUCCCAGAAUUCCCUGUGUACAGCAAUCUGGCUUUUCCAUUUUCUAGCCUGUUCCAACUUAGCAGAUUUGGUGGGCGAAGACAUUUAUCGGGGCAUUACAGAUUCACAAUAGAAGGUGCAAAAAUAAUUGGAAUAAAGUUAAGCAUUUCAAUUUGGUAAAAAUUUCCCUCCUUGUAUUCUCCUUUUGCUAUAAAACGCAUCACACGUAUCCAAAAAUAAACCUUUUAAACAGACACGCAAGACUACAAAACAGCCUGGACCUCUUCACCACGAUGAAUGAAACCGGAGAUGUUUCCCGCUCUGUCCCCCAAUAUGUUGCUGUGACCAUUACGAUAUGUUUAAUAUUGUAUAUAUGUAUUUGAAAAUGCUAAAUCUAUUUUUAUAAUUUGUUUGAAGAACAAUGUGUUGAAUAUAAUAUCUGCUCACUGUGUAAGGGUUUUAUUUGUUUGACUUUAGGGCAAUAGCCAAGAAACUCUGAUGUUUGGAAUAUACAACUGGAAAAAAAAAGUUCUUUUUUUUUUUGUUAGUUUUUAAAUGAUUUUUACCCGUUAGGAGAAAAUCUGAUGGCUGUUGCAAUAUUGAAAUGUGUUAUUAAAAAACUUCCAAUACGA